UGGCACCCAUCCACCCACUGGUGACUCCUCACAACAAAUGAAAUUUUAAAUUAAAUGUUCUGUAUGUAUAAACAUUACAUUUACAUAUAGUGUGUAUAUAGAUGAUGCAUGUAUGCGUCUAUAUGUUUUUUUUUUAUGCGUCUAUAUGUUAGAGAGAUCUAUAAAGCUUUAGCAAAAGUGCUUCCUCUAGUAAAAACGACAAAUUAAACACGCAGAGAAAUCCAAACCAUAAGUGGUUUUGUGACAGAGAGAGAAAGCUCUUGAAGAUCCAACCAAAAUCCUUUUAUUUUCCAUCUUCUUUUUCUUUUCCUUUUUCUUCUCUUUCUUUCUUUGGGUGGUCAUAUUAUCAUAAGAGAGAUAGGAAGAGUUAUCCAUGGAUGAAGACGGAAACUUACAGAUUAGUAAUAGUAACUACAAUGGAGAAGAAGAAGCAGAUCCGGAGAAUAACACUAUGAACCAGCCACUCCUUAAGAGACAUAGAACUCUUUCUUCAACUCCUCUUGCUUUGGUCGGUACCAAAGUUUCACACAUCGAGAGCUUAGACUAUGAAAUAAACGAGAAUGAUCUGUUCAAGCAUGACUGGAGAAGCAGAUCAAAGACACAAGUGUUGCAAUACAUAUUCGCAAAAUGGACAUUAGCUUUUCUUGUUGGUCUCUUAACUGGUCUCAUAGCUACUCUCAUCAACCUCGCCGUCGAAAACAUCGCGGGUUACAAACUCCUGGCCGUCGGCCACUAUAUCGGUCAAGACAGAUAUGUGACAGGUCUGUUGGUUUUUACUGGUGCGAAUUUGGGUCUGACUCUGGUGGCGACAGUACUUGUUGUUGUAUUUGCUCCUACGGCUGCUGGUCCUGGGAUUCCAGAGAUCAAAGCUUAUCUUAAUGGCAUCGACACUCCCAAUAUGUUUGGUGCCACCACCAUGAUCGUUAAGAUUGUUGGAAGUAUUGGAGCAGUUGCAGCUGGACUUGAUCUUGGCAAAGAAGGGCCUUUGGUUCACAUUGGAAGCUGCAUAGCUUCUUUACUCGGUCAAGGUGGUCCAGACAACCAUAGAAUCAAAUGGAGAUGGCUUCGUUACUUCAACAACGACAGAGACCGAAGAGAUCUUAUUACAUGUGGAUCUGCCUCUGGAGUAUGUGCAGCUUUCAGAUCACCAGUAGGAGGGGUUCUCUUCGCUCUUGAGGAAGUUGCCACGUGGUGGAGAAGCGCUCUUCUAUGGAGAACCUUCUUCAGUACAGCUGUUGUGGUGGUUGUAUUGAGAGCUUUCAUAGAGAUUUGCAACUCCGGUAAAUGCGGGCUUUUCGGUAAAGGAGGACUCAUUAUGUUUGAUGUGAGUCAUGUAGAGGUUAGGUACCAUGCAGUGGAUAUAAUCCCUGUUACAUUGAUUGGUGUCAUUGGUGGCAUUCUUGGAAGCUUGUACAAUCACCUUCUUCAUAAAGUCCUUCGUCUUUACAAUCUCAUCAAUCAGAAGGGUAAGCUCCACAAGGUGCUUCUAAGUCUUUCGGUGUCUCUCUUCACAUCACUUUGCUUGUAUGGGCUUCCUUUCUUAGCGGAAUGCAAGCCUUGUAAUCCUUCAAUAGACGAGGCAUGUCCAACAAACGGAAGAUCAGGGAACUUCAAGCAGUUCAACUGUCCCAACGGUUACUACAACGAUCUAGCGACUCUGUUUCUCACAACCAAUGAUGAUGCUGUCAGAAACGUGUUCUCUUCAAACACUCCUAAUGAGUUUGGUAUGGUUUCCCUGUGGAUAUACUUUGGUCUCUACUGCAUUUUGGGGCUUAUCACAUUCGGUAUAGCCACACCUUCCGGUCUCUUCUUACCGAUCAUCCUCAUGGGUUCUGCUUACGGUCGGAUGCUAGGCACAGUAAUGGGACCUUACACAAAGAUCGACCAAGGGCUUUACGCGGUCCUUGGUGCAGCUUCACUCAUGGCUGGUUCCAUGAGAAUGACUGUUUCUCUCUGUGUUAUAUUCCUUGAGCUCACCAACAACCUUCUUUUGUUGCCCAUUACUAUGUUUGUGCUUCUCAUUUCUAAAACAGUUGGAGACAGCUUCAAUCUUAGUAUCUACGAGAUCAUUCUCCAUCUUAAGGGCUUACCAUUCCUGGAAGCAAAUCCUGAGCCAUGGAUGAGGAAUCUCACUGUAGGUGAGCUUGGUGAUGCUAAGCCUCCGGUGGUUACCCUUCGCGGAGUUGAAAAAGUUGCCAAUAUAGUAGAUGCACUGAGGAACACAACGCAUAACGCCUUCCCGGUACUGGAUGGUGAUGCUACAGAGCUUCAUGGGUUGAUCUUGAGAGCACAUCUUGUUAAAGUUUUGAAAAAGAGAUGGUUCUUGAAUGAGAAGAGAAGAACAGAAGACUGGGAAGUCAGAGAAAAGUUCACACCGGUGGAGUUGGCUGAGAGAGAAGACAAUUUCGACGAUGUUGCAAUCACAAGCUCAGAGAUGCAAAUGUAUGUUGAUCUUCAUCCUUUGACCAACACUACACCUUACACAGUGGUGCAGAGUAUGUCGGUCGCUAAGGCUUUGGUGCUUUUCCGAUCGGUCGGUCUCAGACAUCUGCUGAUUGUUCCCAAGAUUCAAGCUUCAGGAAUGUCUCCUGUGAUAGGGAUCUUAACAAGGCAAGAUCUAAGGGCUUAUAACAUUCUCCAAGCGUUUCCUCAUUUGGAUAAACACAAAAGUGGAAAGCUACGAUAAAAGAAACUAAGCAAAAGCAAGAUUCAUUACCUUUUGCUUAUGUGUGAGUGAUUGCAUCAUCUUUGGAUUAUUGUGUUCUUUCUCCCAUUCUUAGUGAUAUUUAUUCUGUCCAGUUUUGCUUGCAUUCUUUCUUCUAGACCCACACAAAAACACAUAUAUUGUUGUUUCGUACAUUUGUACUUUCUACUUGUAAAGCUCUAUAUUUUUUUUACCAUAUAUUACAAGAAAUAAUCAAUUCGAGUACA